AUGGACGCGCACGGUGAUGGACACCCGACGGCUGGUGCGGUUGAGCACGGUGUGACAGGUAUUCUCCCCACCCCCUUGUUCUCUUUUGAUGUGUUGCUGUACGAUCGCAUUGCGGCGUUUUUUACCCCCUACCCACCCGCCAUUGAUGGGAAUGCACCGUCACUGGCAUCCAAACAAAACCCGAAUCCUCUCCCCGCCACCAUUCUGAGUGGGUCAAUUGACGGUGAUUUCGGUACUAGAGAUGCGACGCACUACACGCCGGGGAAAACCAACACCCUCAACCAACACUGGAAACCCAACGUGGACACUACAAUCAUACCUGUACUCGGGCAGUGUUUUAAAUCAGUAUACGAAGGGGUUGAAUUCUACAAGAUCUACGGGCGAGCUAAUGGUUUUGACGUCAGGCACAGCAGUGUUAAGCGAGAUCGUAGCGGGGAUGUUAUCCGACGUUCUUUAGUAUGCAGCAGACAAGGAGCCAAAGGAGGAGGUGGGAGGAAACCCACCUUAGACGUCCGUGGUACUAGUAGUAGCAAUAAGCAACGACGGAGAAGGGUUUCUAACAGAGUCGGGUGCAAUGCAAAGCUUGGGUUGAAGAAAAAGAGUACUGGGGAGUUUGUGGUGUCUAAAUUUGUCGAGGACCACAACCAUAGUUUAUGCUCUGAGGGUGCUAAAUUAUUUAUGCGGGGUAACCGGAAACUUAAUGUAGCCCAACAGGCAUUUUUAGCAGAUUGUCUUAAAGUUAAUGUGGGCCCUUCUACAGGGUACAGAUUAUGCAGGGAAGUAGCAGGUUCUUUUGAGAACGUUGGUGCAACAUAUGUGGAAUUUCAUAAUUUUAAACGGGACUUGCAAAUGUAUGUCGAUGUGGCUGAUGGUGAGAUGAUUAUCGAAAGGUUCAAAACCAAGCGUGAAGCCUGUGAUAGUUUCUUUUUCGAUUACCACCUUGACGAAGAGAACCGCAUCGCACGGCUCUUUUGGGCCGACCCUAUUGGUAGGCGGAGUUUUUCUUGUUACGGUGACGUGAUUUCGUUUGAUGCCACGUACAGCACGAACAGGCACAACUUGGUGUUCGUCCCAUUUACUGGAGUAGACAACCACAAACGAUGCAUCACUUUUGCCGUCGGGUUGCUCAGUAAAGAGGAUGUGGAAUCGUAUAGUUGGCUGUUAGAAAGAUUCAACCUUGCAAUGGGAAAGGCCCCUCUAUGUGCUGUCACCGAUCAGGACCCUGCUAUGAAGAUUGCUAUGGAGCAGGUUUUACCAGGGUGCCGGCAUCGUUUUUGCAUGUGGCACAUUAUGACGAAGGUUAGUGAAAAAGUCAGUCCUGAGUUAUCAAACAAUGAGGAGUUUCGCAAGAGUUUGAAUGAUAUUGUGUGGAACGAAACAGCCUCUACCGGUGACUACGAAGUGCAAUGGCAGCUGCUGAUGGAGAAAUACAACUUAUCUGAUCACCGGUGGUUUCAAAAAUUGUAUGCAGAAAGGAAUCAUUGGAUUCCAGCUUUUUUUUUAGAUUUACCAAUGAGUGGGUUGGUACGCACCACAUCCCGGUCCGAAGCACAGAACAGUGUUUAUGGGAAGUUCACACGCCUCCACUCCAGUUUGGUAGAGUUCUACAUGCAGACCGAGAGCGUCCUUGACACACAACGCCACAAUCAAGCUAAACUGGAUGCACAGUGCGAGGGGUCCUUGCCCGAGUUUAAAACUCCCUUGGCGUUAGAGCGGCACGCUGCAGAUUUGUUCACACUAACUAUUUUUUAUGCUUUGCAGAAAGAGAUUGAAGCUGCCUGCUUUUAUUGCGAAGUUGUGGGCAUCCGUGAAGAUGGGGGAACCAUUUAUUACAACAUCGGAGGAGAUUGCACCACCACGCACACUGUACAAUACAAACCGAGCGGGUGUAUUGCUUUUUGCAGCUGCAAGAUGUUCCAACGACUGGGUCUAAUUUGCAGACAUAUGUUCCUAGUGUUCAAGUCUGCACAUAUAGAGCAAUUACCAUCCCAGUACGUUGUGGAACGUUGGCGCAAACACCUAGGUUGCGGUGCAUGCAGAGGGCGGCGUUCUGAUGGUGACCCCCCAAAAUCAGGUGCCUCAGAACUGUGGUCUGAGAUACAAACAUGUGUUGGGAUGGUUGGUGAGAGCAUGGUCCGUCAGGCACGGAUGGUAGAGGUACUGAAAGAGUUGAGAUAUGAAUUCGCGAGUGACGGCACGAUCAUUUGCGAAGCAAAGGGCAACAGAGCCGCGAUCGAGGCAUUAUGUGGGGUCAAGCCACCCCCAUGUAUAACCAUUAAACCCCCGGCACAAGCUAAGAACAUAGGGAGUGGGAAGCGUAUUAAGAGCACCCGGGAGAUAGCCAUAGAGAAUAGCGGCAAAGCCGGUCGAAAGUGUGGGGUGUGCGGUGAAUACGCCCGUCACAACGCACGUAGUUGUCCUUCCAAGCAACGGGCAGUUUAG